AUGGCCGUGACUCUGCCAGUCCUGCUCCUGACUGUCGCCCUGCCGAAGCCGUCCCUCGUCUGGGACCGGGCCGCAGGUGCCGAGGGCGGGAUCCGGCUGCGCUGCUCUGCCCCAGGGUCACUCGGGGGAGGCUGGUUCACCCUGUACCGGGACGGCACACCAGGCCCUGUGGCUGAGGAGCGGGCCCCGGCGCAGGGCUUGGAGGUGACAUUCCUGUUGCCCAGCGUCGGCCCUGGCGAGCAGUACCGCUGCGGCUACUGGAACCGGGACGCGGCCGGGGGGCGGGUGGAGUCCCCGCUCAGCGACCCUGCUAACGUCACCAGCGGCCCAGAUCGCUACCCCAAGCCGUCCAUCGCCGUCAGCCCUGGCACGGAGGUCUUGGCCGGCCAGACUUGGACGAUCCGGUGCUGGGCUCCGUAUGCGGGGAUGAGCUUUGUGCUGUACCGGGCACGGGAGUUCUGGACUGAGCGGGCGCCUCGCGGAGACCCCCCCACGGCUGAGUUCCACCUGGGGAACGCCAGCGCCGCCAACGUGGGGAGAUACACCUGCUACUAUCACACCACCAGCGAGCCCUUCAUCUGGUCCAACGCCAGCAACCCCCUGGAGCUCAGGGUCACAGGUGGGGGGAAUGGGGCAUGGGGCCUC